AUGCAGCUCCCCCUCCUCCUCCUCCUCCUCGCGCUCAGCGCCACCACCUCCGUCACCGCCCACGCGCUCGCCGCCCCCGCCGCGCCCCACCGCGUCCCCAGCCGCGACCCCGACCAAGGGCAGAACCCCAUCCCCAUCCCCAUCGUCCCGGCGCCCCCGCCCGCGCCGCCGUUCACAGCACCGAUCAUCACCAGCCCCGAGCCCGCGGACGGCUCCCCGCCAAUCAUCAUCGAUGCCUCCCCGGGGUUGCGCAACACCCCCAACAGCGCCCGGGGGGGCGGCCGCCGCGCGGCGCCGCGGGCGAGGUCACGCGCUGCCGCCGGCGCGGGCAGCGCCCGGAGGAAGGCGGGCACACGCGGCCGUACGCGCAGCGGUGGCAGCAGGCCUGCCGCAUCGAGGGGCGUGAAGGCGAGGCCGAGGGCGGGGUCGCCGAAGGGGAGGGCGGGGAGCGUGCGCGCGGUCAGGAAGGGGAAAGCGGCGGGGCGCGGGGGGCGCAAGUAG